AUGAGUAAGCAUAUGUAUUCCACCGCAAACUUGACCGAUAAAGAAUUGAAAGAACAAGGAAACAGGUUGUUUAGUUUGAGGAGAUUCGAAGAUGCUAUGAACUGUUACACGAAGGCUAUCAUAAAAAAUCCAUCUGUAGCCACAUACUUCACAAACAGAGCGUUAUGUCAUCUCAAGAUGAAGAGAUGGGAGGCUACGUGCCAGGAUUGCCGAAGAGCCCUGGAUAUCGACAACAACCAAGUGAAAGGUCAUUUCUUUCUAGGCCAGGCUCUGGUUGAGUUAGACUGCUAUGAUGAAGCUAUCAAACACUUACAUAGAGCCAAUGAUUUAGCAAGGGAUCAAAAGCUGAAUUUCGGCGAUGACAUCGCAGCUCAGAUAAGAAUUGCAAGAAAGAAGAGAUGGAAUGUACAAGAGGAGAAGAGAAUAUCGCAGGAGAUUGAACUGCAGACUUAUUUAAAUAGGCUUAUUAAUGAGGACAUGCAACGUAGAAUAGAAUCAAUAAAAAUAGAAAACAUUAAUGAAGAAGAAACAAAUAGUAAAAUUGCUAAAGUGGAAGAAGAAUGUAAUAACUAUAGCAGUGAACUCAACAAUCUAUUUUCAAAAAUGGAUGAACGAAGGAGGAAACGCGAUGUACCAGAUUACCUCUGCGGCAAAAUAAGCUUCGAGAUUCUGAAUGAGCCUGUCAUCACACCUAGCGGGAUAACGUAUGAGAAGAAAGAUAUUGAAGAACAUCUAGAGGUAAUAAUAAUUAUUGUAAGAAAAGUUUCCUUAAGUAAUUCUAUAGAAGAAUUACUAAUGAGAUUGUAUAGAUUAUUUUUAAUUAACUAUAACACGGACCAGCUCAUACCUAACUUCACUAUGAAGGAGGUUGUGGACGCCUUCCUCCAGGACAACGAGUGGGCGCUCGAUUAUUAA